AUGGAAGCAGGCGUCGGCAAAUUGGACAUAACUCACAUUAUUCUCAACCUCCCAAGGGAAGUAAUCUUGAAACAAGAGCGGCAAAGUAAAAGAUCCCUCAAUCUUUGCAAUUGGCAGUCCGUACGAAAUUCUUGCUCCCUAUACAUGGAUGUUAUGUAUUUAUAUGACGGUAGUCAGUCGGGACUCGCGCUAAGAGUCCCUUCAGUGGGGAACCAUAGCAUACAGUGUGUGCCUGUUGAUGUGUGUGUUGAUUUCCCGACACCGCCCGUGAUUUAUUUGCCGGCAGUACCGAAGUUCGUCUACACGGCUCUACCCAGCUGUCAGACGCUUCACCGAGGGCACACACACAUGGAAACUUGCGCACGCACACGGAGACGCGAGGGGUGCGCCAAGGGAGGCGGUGGGGACUGUAUUAAGUUCCUUUCUUUUCUCUAA